UACUCGUUAGUUUAAGGCGCCCCCAAUCCUAACCUAAAGAAAAUAAAGCAGAGGCAGUAGUCAUCACCACCGGCAGAAGAAGAUAUGAUGGAUUCCGCCACCGUGUCCCACGAUGAUCAGAAGGUUAGCAGAAGAUAUAUUCCAAUAUCAUUCUACAUGGAUUCCGCCGUCAACCACCCUGGUCCGAUUCGUAAGGUCAGCAAAAAUUCUAUCCCACUAUCGUUCUACACAACCACCCACGUCUACCACCCUGCUCCUGAUCCGACCUCUGAAUCAAAGAUGGAUGUAUUUGUGGUAAAUGAAGAAAAGGAUACCAGAAAGAAGAAUCCACUAUCGUUCUACAUGGAUCCCACCGUCUCCCACCCUGGUCCGUUGCUUAUAAACUAUAUACAACCAUACAAUUCAUCUGAAUCAAAUUCAAAUUCAUCUGAAUCAAAAUCAAAGAUCAUCUUUGGUAGCUUUGGUUCCGAGUCCUCUGAAUCAAAGUCUGUGGCAAAUGUCAGCAAAAACUAUAUUCCACUACCCACCGCUAUUCCCGAUAAAUUUGCUUCCUCUAUUCUUUCGAAACUCCCCAUAAAGUCAUUGAAGCGCUUUGGAUGCGUACGUAAAUCAUGGUCUAUUUUAUUUGAAAACACUGAUUUCAUGACAAUGUACAGAAAACAUUUCAUAUCUCGUCAUGGUUCUGACGAUGAUUAUCAUACAUUUAUUCUCACAAGUGAUAAGCUUGAUCAUGGUCUUGUCCACUCUGAAUUUUAUUUGGUCGAAAAUAGACUCGAACUAAAUUUGUCAUCUCCACUUCAACAGUCUGGCGAAUAUACUUGUAUUCUCGGCUCCACAAGUGUUAACGGCUUUUUUUGUCUCGGCCAACAUUAUCUAGCUAUGAAGACGCCCCGAUAUGUAUUAUGGAAUCCCCUUACCGACGAAUUCAUGGGCAUUCCUUCUAGCCCCACUGAACUUACACCAAAACACCCUAGUUUCGACACCCUCAGUCUCGAACCUAUUUUUCACGGGUUUGGUUAUGACCAACUUAGACAUGACUUUAAGGUCGUUCAGUAUGUAUCAUUUGUUUCCGCUCGCUCUUCUCGGCUUACAACAAGUUUUUUUGAGAUAUAUAGUUUAAAAAGUAAUUCUUGGAGAAUGAUCGACAUGGACAAUGAUCUGUCUCAUUGGGGUUAUUUUUAUUCUAGGGCAUUUUCUGGUCACGAAGUUUAUCUGGAUGGAGCGUGUCAUUGGUUGGUUUCGGAAUGUAUCAACCAUCGAAGGGCUAUGACCGUCUUGUCAUUUGACUUGAGUCGUGAGGUGUUCUUUACAACACCCGUCGGGGAACAACCUUAUGCUCCAUACGCUGAUCUUCUAUGCUUGACAGUGUUAAAUGGAUCUAUUGCUUUACUAUCCAAUCAUCACGACGAUGUUGUUUUUCACAUAUCUAUUCUGGGUGAACUCGGUGUGAGUGAAUCAUGGAUCAAACUAUAUACUUAUGGCCCCUCACCUUCCAUCCAAUGGCCACCACUUGGAUUUGGGAAGAUGGGACAUCUUUUCAUUAGAAAAAAAGAUCAUGAAAUCGCCUAUGUUGAUUUGAGCACCCAAAUUAUUGAGGAGGUUGGUAUUACUGGUGGAAAGACAAAUUAUAAUAUUGGUGGUCUUUACAAGGAAAGCCUUCUUUCGUCGGAGGAUCAAUGUAACUAGGUUUUCUUCUUCUUGUAGUUUUCACUUGAAAGGUCUGGUAACAUGAUGAUGAUGAUGGAUUGUAUUUUGGUGACUGCCUUUUGAUGAAUCUUGAAUGGCAGUCUGGUUUUGUGAACGUGUAUACUGCAAUGUAUGGAUUGGGGGGGCAAUAAUUAGGCGUUGUAUGAGAUAUGAGGCCAAGGUUCAUAUCUAUGGGUGCCUAAAUGACGUUUAUGUGGACACUUCGAGCCAUAUAUCACAUGUUGAGAGAUGCAUGGAGGUUCUAUUUUCCUUAUUACCAGUAGUUAUGAAUCCCUAUGGUAGUGUAAUGUCAGGGGACACAAGCUCUGCAGAGGAAUGGCAAUGUGUUCCCUGGAACCGUUGUAGACACAGAUGUGGUACAUCCUUUUGAAUUUGAUUUUUACCUUUGAAGCCACAAUGGAAGCCUAGGUACAAGCAAACCAACACAUUACCAUGUGUUGUGGGAUGAGAACAAGUUUAGUUCUGAUGAUUUGCAGAAACUGAUCUAUAAUCUAUGCUUUACCUUUGCAAGGUGCACAAAACCUGUAUCUUUAGUCCCUCCAGUAUACUAUGCCAACCUUGCUGCAUGUAGAGGAAGACUAUACUAUGAAGCAAGGAAGUCAGCAAAGAGAAAUGAUGAGCUGUUUUCCGAAUUGCAUCCUAAUACGGAAAACAUGAUGUUCUUUGUCUGAAAACCUUUUCUUUUUUUUCUUUUUUUUUGUGGUUCAAGUGAUUAAGUAGUUUGUGAGUAAAUCUUAUGGAUUGUGUCUAGUACUUUGUUUCUACUAUUUAGUCUUCAUGGUGUUAUCAGACAGAUUUUUCUCAUAUAGAACCUAUUAGUUAAUUCUAUUGAAGAUGCUAUAAAUGUUGUACACUUUUUGAGUAUAAGUACUCCUGCUCAUUAGAAAAAGGAAACUGCAUACACAUACACAUGUACCUUCAUGCCUAUGCAAAUAUU